AUGAAAUUCACUACCUCGCUUCCUUUGUUGAUGUUGUUGGCUCCUCUGUGCCUUGAACAUGUAAACGCCUUUCAAGUUCGUCCACGUUCCUCCUCCUCUUCAACAACAACAACAACAACAACAACAACGACAACGCAAUUGGCCGCCAGUGGAACGACCUCUCCCAUGGUACUUCAAGCCGGAGGUGGCAUUCCAUUGGUCCCUGCAGGAGAUCGUCUCUUGUUUGAUCCUGCACAAGAAGGAAUGUUGGGAGGCACCCAAUCUCUGAAUGACCGAUUGACCUCUGGUUCCAACUACCAAUAUGGCUAUUUGAACGACGCUGCGGCAUCUCCCAUUAACAUGACUGAUGUCAAUAUUAAUGUCAAGGAAUGUCAAGGCUGGCUCGAAGACUUGGGUGUUCCAGGACCCUUUGCCAAGGCCACUGCACCCGUCUCGGCCACGGUACUAGGAAGAACCAAGUUGAUUGAAGAUUCGGCACCCGGGGACAUUCAACACGUCAUUCUCAAGUUGCCAGAAGGCUUUCAUUACGUCGAAGGACAAUCGCUUUCGGUCAUUCCUCCUGGAACCGACCCCAAGACUGGCAAGGCCAACAAACCACGUCUGUACAGCAUUGCCUCGACUCGUUACGGUGAUGUCUUGGAUGGAUCUACCGUCAGUCUCUGUGUGCGUCGGGCCGAAUUUUUCGAUCCCGUCAAUGGCCUCAAAGACGAUGCCAAAAAGGGCGUCUGCAGCAACUUUUUGUGCGAUGCCACCCCUGGAACCACCUUUCAAGUGGCCGGUCCCGUCGGAAAGACCAUGCUGCUCCCCGAAGAUCCCACGACCGAUAUCAUCAUGGUCGCCACCGGAACGGGCAUUGCCCCCUUUCGAUCCUUUUUGCAUCGACUCUUUGUCGAAGAAACCGUGGCCCGUCAUCAAUUUCAAGGACGCGCUUGGUUGGUCUUGGGAGUUCCCGUCACGGGCGGUCUGCUGUAUCCUCAAGAAUUUGCCGCCAUGCAACGAAAUGCCGUUGCUGGUGCUGCUGGUGCUGCUGGUGGGUCGUCGUUGGAAGUUACCUAUGCCAUUUCCAGAGAAAUGCAAAAUCAACAGGGUGGCAAGUUGUACGUCCAAGAUGUCUUGGCGGAACGUGCCGAUGAUCUCAUGGAACGAUUGGACAAUGGAGCACACAUCUUCUUUUGUGGUCUCAAGGGGAUGAUGCCAGGCAUUCUAGAGGCAUUGGAACAAGUGGCAAUCUCAAAGGGAUUGGAUUGGUCCACCAAACUCAAGGAAUACAAGGCCAAUCAUCAGUGGCAUGUGGAAGUGUACUAA